CAGACACUGAAUGAACCGAGAGGAGAGACGCUCCGUGCACAGAAAUAUGGACCUCCUGCAGAAAUAACAGCGUAAGAAACUAUUAGGAUUCCCUGUAAGAUCAUCCUGUUCCACAAAGGAUCUGCUGUAAAAAGACAGAAGAGUGGGCAUUGCCAUGGAGACUCGUUUUGGGAGUAUCGUAUUUAGUUCGAAGUUUGACUCGGGGAACCUAGGGCGUGUGGAGAAGGUGGACAAGAGCAGCCCCAGUCCCCCCUCAGACUCCUCGUCCAAUGGGAGCGCAGUGUCAGGACCAAGCCCCGCCCCCGAUUACGAGUUCAACGUGUGGACACAGCCAGACUGUGCCGGCACGGAGCACGAGAAUGGAAACAGGUCAUGGUUUUAUUUCAGUGUGCGUGGAGUAUCAUCUGGAAAGUUACUGAAGAUCAAUGUGAUGAACAUGAACAACCAGAGGAAGCUCUACAGUCAGGGCAUGGCUCCGUUUGUACGCACUGUGCCUGGAAAGACGCGCUGGGAGAGGAUACGAGACAGGCCCGCUACUGAGAUUGUGGAUAACCAGUUCAUCCUCUCAUUCACUCAUCGGAUAUUAGAGGUGAAGGGAGCCACGACCUUCUUCUCUUUCUGUUAUCCGUUCUCUUACUCUGAAUGCCAGGACAUGCUCCAGCAGCUUGACCACAGUUACCCCAACGCUGCUCAGCUCAGUCCAAGCAGUCCCCCAGGCAGUGUGUACUACCACCGUGAGCUGCUGUGCCACUCUCUGGACGGGCACAGAGUGGACCUGCUCACUGUGACAAACUGCACUGGGAUGAUGGAUGAGAGAGAGCCACGCCUGCCCCAUCUGUUCCCAGACACAAAUACACCCAGAGCACACCGAUUUGCAGGCAAAAAGGUGUUUUUCCUCAGCAGCAGAGUGCACCCUGGAGAGACCCCAUCCUCUUUUGUGUUUAAUGGAUUUCUGAAUUUCAUCCUGAGAGACGACCCUCGAGCCCACGUCCUCCGAAACAUGUUUGUGUUUAAACUCAUCCCUCUGCUCAACCCAGACGGGGUCAUCCGUGGGCACUACAGGACUGAUUCCAGGGGUGUAAACCUGAACAGACAGUAUCUAAACCCCAGCUGGGAGCUUCAUCCUUCCAUUUACGCAGCCAAGUCACUGUUACUGUACCAUCACACACACAACCGCGUUCAGAAAGCACAGGCGACCAAUCGCAACACCCCGACACGUCCACAAACCCCACCCCCCAACAAUACGCCAGCCAAUCAGAGCCCUCCUCCCCUCACCUACAUGGAGAUCAGUAUGAACCAGCGAAAUGCGGAGAAAGAUGCAACUCCUCCGCAGACAGAUAUCAACAUGGCGAUGGAGGAAAAUACUGUGAACACUACGGACUUGGAAAAGAUCGACCAAAAUGUUUCAAAUCCCGGAGAGACUAAUGUUACAAAUAGUCCAGAGGAAGAACCAAAACAAGAUGAGGAAAAGCAGGAGUCGAUACCACCUCAAGAAGGGGGCGUGGCUUAUUAUGUGGAUUUGCAUGGCCACGCCUCCAAACGUGGCUGUUUCAUGUACGGGAAUAACCUACCGGAUGAAAGCCAGCAGGUGGAGAACAUGCUGUACCCCAGACUGAUCGCUGUGAACUCCGCCCACUUCGACUUCCUGGGCUGUAAUUUCUCAGAGAAGAACAUGUACGCUCGAGACAAGAGGGACGGCCAGUCCAAAGAGGGCAGUGGGAGAGUGGCUGUGCACAAGGCCAUAGGGCUGCUGCACAGUUACACUCUGGAGUGCAACUACAACACAGGGAAAAUGAUGAACAGCAUCCCCCCGGCGUGUCACGACAGUGGGCGUGCCUCUCCUCCUCCUCCUCCCUCUUUCCCUCCCAAAUAUACCCCAGAGAUAUUUGAACAGGUGGGUCGAGCGGUGGCCAUCUCCGCUCUGGACAUGGCGGAGUGUAACCCGUGGCCCCGGCUGGUUCUGUCUGAACACAGCUCUCUGUCAAACCUGCGCGCCUGGAUCCUCAAAUACGUCCGCAACACAAAGGGGCUCAAUGCAAAUGCCAACACCAACGCUCACCUCGCCUCCAAACCCUACCACGCAAACAAAGUGACGCCACCAAAGAGCUUCAUCAACUCCCUGUCAGGCUCGUCAUCAGAGAACACCCUGACUCGUGUUCGGUGUAACAGCCACAGCAGCAGCAGUCAGACCCCCUCCCCAAAGAUCCACACCUCCCCCAGCUUCACCUUUGGGUGCCCCCCUCCCCGCCCCACCCACCCACAGCACAACAGCACCCGAGGAGGAGGCAACAAGACACUGGGCCCUGUGCGCGACUCAAAGGCUCAAGAGAAGAGACGCCCCCCUCACCACCACCACCACCGCCCAGUUCUUCGCUCGCCCAGUAACAGCCACGCCCCCUCCUCUCGCCCGACCGCUCCUCACUCUCCCCCCUCCUCUUCCUCUUCUUCGUCUUCCUCUGUGUGCGCCCCGGGGUCCUGUCCUCUCCCCGGCUCCGUCAGUAUGUCAGGGGUAAGUUGUCCAGACAUCCAGGUGGGGGGCCCCAGUUCAGUGUGUUUGACACGGAUGCCCUUCCCCAUGCGCUCGGGGCGUGUGGGGAGGAGCGGCCGGCCUCUGUCCUUCUCUCAGACUAAAGACUUGGGGCCUGAGCACAUACUUUCCUCUAUCAAAUUUAGCAAGUGUGAACUGCUGCAGCCUCACCUGAGCCGGAUCCCCAUCAGAACUUCGAGUGAAGUUCCGUCCACAAACUGUCAAUCAAAUGGGAAAGAGGAGCUGUGCAGUCUGAGGGUGUGGAAGCUGCUCCGGCCAGGACUGCAGCGCCACCUGUCACUCACAGGUGUUUCUGGAAAACAGGCUGCGUUACAGUUGGCCUCCAAAGCAAUUAUUAAGGAAAAUACUGACAAUAGUCUCCAUCUCAACAAAGGAAUAGAUGAAAUCACACCAGAGGGAGAAGAGACUUCUCUGCUGCGUCUGCCAGAAACCCUCAACUUGACUGAAACAGCGACACUCUGUGGUGAAGCCUAGCACUUGUGUUCUCUGGCAUUUGUAGCAUCGACUGUAUAGACUGUUACAGUCUUUUAUUUAUAGACUUGAACUGAACAAACCUGUGAUCAAAAUGAAGAUACCAUAAACUCUAAUGACCACGUGUUACUGUACAAUACAUGGCUUUGUUUACUCUUUGUGAAUGCAGUGAUGGAGGUGGUCACGGUGGUUGCACCUUUUUGCAAUUCAAUACUGUAGCCUAUGUUCAGUGCCUUUUUCAGUGGCUCUACAGCAGUGAAAUAAGAUAGAAACAUUACUUUAUUUUUGUAGAAACCUGCAGUUUUCAAUGGCACCAAAUUAAACUUAAUGCAGCUGACGUCUUACAAAGUACUGUAAAUAAUGACAGUAGUUUUAGUAAUAUAUAAAUACUGUGGUAUUAGGACCAUUCACUUUACUUAUUCACUGUAACUUUCAAUUGUCCAGUCCAAAAGCAAAGCCUGUUACCUUAUUUACCUUGAAAGUUUAUAAAAGUAGAUGUUUAUUUUUUAUUUUCAGUAAAAGUUAUAUAUUUUAGUGGAAUUCCAUGAAACACGUACACGUACAGUGUACAUAUUCACACAGUGCAGUAUAAAAUGAUUUAGUUAUUUAGUGCACAUCCAUCGAAUCAUCUCAAAUGGCAGCACAUUUCACACAGACCAUAGACUGUUUACAGUCUGUGAUAGACACCGUCAGAGGAAAUCUUUCAAAUGUAAAGAGCAUGAACAAGAAAAGACCAGGACCUGGGUCAUUUAUCAUGGUAUUAUUUUAUAUCUAUGUAUUUUUGUACAGUAAUAUAUUUGAAUUUGCACCUUUUGUCUGAAUAAUUAUUAGUAACACAGGUUAAAAUACAUUUAAGUUUAUUUAAGGAAGUGAAUUUCUUUUGUUUUUCCUACAUCACAGGAGUUUAAUAGCUUGGACUUUGCAUGCUUUAAAGUUGAUAUUAAAACCCAUUUCCAAAGUAGAACUACAUUAAAUAGAACUGUUAUUGUGUAGCUUUGAAGAAAUGAGAUUUUCAGUAGUGUUAGUUACUACAGUUUGAUUGUAUUAAAAAUGUACUUUCAUAUGUACUUUUUAUAAUUGCAGCACAGCCUUUGAUGAGCUACUGAGUGUACAAGUGUGUGUGUGUGUGUGUGUGUAAAGGAAAGCAUCAUCACUGUACUGUUGUGAGAGAUUAUACUGUUUGUACAAAACCACAAAUGAAUAAAAAUCA